CAACAGCCGCUGCUGGGUUCACAAGCCCUCGAACCCAUGCCUGGGUUCCGUCGAAGAACCCAAGCAUGCUGGGUUCUUCCAUGAAUCCAGGCGCGAGUUCGAGGGAACCCAGCGCCUAGGGUUCGAAGAACCCAAGCAUGCUGGGUUCUUCCAUGAACCCAAGCACGGGUUCGAAGGAACCCAACGCCUGGGGUUCGAAGAACCCACCAAGCUUGGGUUCUUCGAAAGAACCCACCAAGCUUGGGUUCUUCGAAGGAACCCAGGCGCGAGUUCGAGGGAACCCAGCGCCUGGGUUUGAAGAACCCAGCAAGCUUGGAAGGAAAGGAACAGGAAGGAGAAUGGGAACAAGGAACGCCCAGCUGGGUUUGAAGGAUCCAUCGCCUGGGAUCGGGUUUGAAGGAUCCAUCGCCUGGGAUCGUCGAUCCCAGGCUCUGCGUCCAGGAAAUGAAGAGGAAGGAGAAAGGGGACGAGGAAGGAGAAAGAAUUUUUAAAAUUUUUAUUGCCAUGUCACUAGUUUUUGCCAUGUUGUCUUUCAUGUGGAGUAAAAUUUUGACAUGUCA